ACAGAGCAGGACAGAGAGGAAGAGGAGGAAGAAGAAGAAGAAGAAGAAGAGGUUCAGUGUUUUAUUGUCUGUUUAAUCAGCUUAUCAAGAAUCAACCUGAAGACACUAAGUACAGAGAGACAGAGACACACAGAGAGACAGACGACGGUGGGCGGAGCAUCUUUAGGACUGUUCCCACAGGACUGACUGAAAUACAUCACCUGGUAACCAUGACGACAGAGAGCUAACCAGUUGGUAUCCAUGACGACCACCUGUUUGAAGAGGGUGGAGCAGAACUGAACGUGUGGAUUAAAAAUGUGGGCAGAGACUUUGAGAUGUGACCUCCAGAGGAACUUCCUGUCCGUCUGACCAUCAGUCUACCAUGUCCCCUCUCCUCCCUCGUCUCCUCCCCCUCCUCCUCUUCCUCCUGCCGCCAUUAACCCAGUGUCAGAACGUCGGUCAGUUUGAUGUGUGUCGGUCUCUGCGUGGCUCAGAGGCGGGGCCAGGAUGGGAGUUCUACGCCUGUCAGCCACCGCCCACCAAUAUGAAGGAAGUGAUGCAGAUCAGAGUCGACCCGCCUGGGAUCACCUGUGGGAACCCACCUGAGAGGUUCUGCACACUGGAGAACCCGUACCUGUGCAGCGAUGAGUGCGAUGCGUCCAGUCCCGACCUGUCUCAUCCUCCUCAGCUGAUGGGCGACAGGGAAAGGGGUGGGCUCAUCACCUAUUGGCAAACAGUCACAUGGUCCAGGUAUCCUGAGCCCCUAUUGGCCAACAUCACUCUGUCCUGGAACAAGAGUCUGGAGGUGGUCGAUGACAUCAUUAUCACCUUUGAGUAUGGUCGACCAACCAGCAUGGUGCUGGAGAAAUCUCUGGACAAAGGUGUGACGUGGCAGCCGUAUCAGUACUACGCCGACGACUGUCUCGAGACCUUCGGCAUGUCUCCUAAACGAGUCUCUGACUUGGCACCGAGUAACCUGACCCGGGUCAUCUGUACGGAGCAGUACUCCGGCUGGGUCGGCGCCAAGGAGGAGAAGGUUGUGAUGUUCGAAGUACGCGCUCGGUUCGGGGUGUUCGCUGGUCCGAAGCUGAUCAACAUGGACGCCCUCUACACCCGGAUGGAGACCAUGAAGGGUCUGAGAGACUUCUUCACCUUCACCAACCUCCGCCUGCGACUGCUCCGCCCAGCGCUGGGCGGGACUUAUGUCCAGAGAGACAACUUACUGAAGUACUUCUACGCCAUCUCCAACAUCGACAUACCUGCCAGAUGUAGGUGUAACCUCCACGCGUCUCAGUGUGUGUUACGUGACGCAACACUGCAGUGUGACUGCGACCACAACACAAGUGGACAGGACUGUGAGCGCUGCCGUCAGGGCUUCAGGUCACGCACCUGGAGACCGGCGUCGUACCUGCCACUGCCCAAAGGCACUGCCAACACCUGUAUACCCUCUGCCUCAUCAGAUGGAAACUGCGAGUGUAACGGUCACUCCAACCGCUGCAGCUACAUCGACUUCAUCAAUGUGGUCACAUGUGUGAGCUGCAAACACAACACGCGAGGACAGAACUGUCAGUUUUGUCGCCUCGGUUACUACAGGAACUCCUCGCUGCCACUCGACCAUGAGAACAUCUGUGUGGAGUGCAGCUGUGACACUGAGGGCAGUGCGUCUCCUCACUGCAGUGAUUCUGGUCUCUGUCAGUGUAAAGUCGGAGCCUCAGGGAGGCGCUGUGACUCCUGUCUGCCUGGAUACACCUGGAGAGGGGGCGGAGUCAGCUGUACAGAGAAUGUCUGUGAUGACGAGCGUCUGAUCUGUCAGAAUGGAGGAACCUGCGUCGACUUCCAGCGCUGCGUUUGCCCCGACGCCUUCACAGGUACGUUUUGUGAGAGGAGGGUCUGUCUGAAGAAGGGCGGCUGCCUUGAGAACGCUGAGGGCUCCGCCGCCUCUGUGACCUCACACCUAUUCCUGCUCACGCUUGGUCUCAUCUCCUCCACCGUCUGCUGACCCCACCCACUGGUGACAUCACAGAGGGAGGGAUGUUAAAGAAAAAGACUUCUACUGAAGCUGUUGGAAUAGGAAGUGAUAUCACACUUUUUUUCUCUGCAGACAGGAAGUGUGAUGGUCUGCAGGAGGAAGUGACAUCAAGAGAAGACAUAUUGAUGAUGUGGACACAUUUCUCAGGACUUCCUGUUUAGAUGUUUAAUGACACCGAUGAUGUCACAAAGCCACCUCCUCUUCGUCAGGUGUAGAUAAUGACAGUCUCUGAUUUGUCACUGUGCUGCCACAAACACUUCCUGUCAGACACAGCUGAGGGACGGACAAACAAUAAUCUCCUCUCUGACUGGAUGUACUGACUGCCGCACCUCAGCGCUGUGCUAUGAUUGGUCCUCAGUGGCUGACAGACAGUUGCCGUGGAGACGGACCGACUGUGUUGUAGUUUUGGACAUUGUGUUUUUACAGUUUGUGUUUGUUGUGACACACACACACACACACACACACACACACUGAUGAAGACUCUGUUGAGGUGAAACAGCUCCACCUGCUGAUGAACUGAAGAAACACAGCCAGACAUUUGAUCUUCUUGAUUGUAUUGAUUGAUGACUGGAAACACUCUGUGACUCAGCAGCAGUGAAAACAGGGGGAAGAGUUCCUGACAUCAUCAUCAUCAGACUAACAGUGUGAUGUCAUCAGUUUGUGACCAGUAGAAUAAUCAAUCAGUAUUUACUGACUCAGGUUAUUGAUUAUUGUUUUAUAUG